CCUAAAGGCUGUUUCACUCAGUUAACGAAGACUGGUAUUUUGGCCUGUAGGUGUAUCCAAACGUUUGACUGGUACUGAAUACUGAAAAACAAUGAGUGACCGACAGAAAGGGAACUGAUAUCACUGUAUGUAAUACUGAGUGACCGACAGAAAGGGAACUUAUAUCACUGUAUGUAAUACUGAGUGACCAACAGAAAGGGAACUGAUAUCACUGUAUGUUAUACUGAGUGACCGACAGAAAGGGAACUGAUUUCACUGUAUGUAAUACUGAGUGACCGACAGAAAGGGAACUGAUAUCACUGUAUGUAAUACUGAGUGACCGACAGAAAGGGAACUGAUAUCACUGUAUGUUAUACUGAGUGACCGACAGAAAGGGAACUUAUAUCAUUGUAUGUUAUACUGAGUGACUGACAGAAAGGGAACUGAUAUCACUGUAUGUUAUACUGAGUGACUGACAGAAAGGGAACUCAUAUCACUGUAUGUUAUACUGAGUGACUGACAGAAAGGGAACUGAUAUCACUGUAUGUUAUACUGAGUGACUGACAGAAAGGGAACUCAUAUCACUGUAUGUUAUACUGAGUGACUGACAGAAAGGGAACUGAUAUCACUGUAUGUUAUACUGAGUGACUGACAGAAAGGGAACUGAUAUCACACUCCUACUCUGUGCCAUUGUGGAUUGGUGCUACAGGAAAAUAAUUAUGUGGAAAUGACGUGCCAGUACAAUUAUGGAUAUUACUGUAUGUAAGGAUGUUAACAUGGUGCUUUCAGCUUUUCAGAAACAAAGAAAGUCUUACAACGGAGCGUACUGGUCUAUGUGCUCAUCAUUCAAUGGGCUCAGUUCAAGUCUCACUUGUCCACUUAAAGAAUGCUUUCCUUGUUCCCAGAAUUAUCUUGAAAAACUUUAGCACAUUUUUUGUUUUCAGGCAGCCAUGCAACUUGGCAAUAAAUCAACCCCCUAAAACACCACAAUAAGAAUUUGAAAUUAGAACGAUAAAAGGAAAAGUCCCGUUGCAGCUGAAUCCAUUUCAUGUCCCAUAUAUGGUCACUGCUGCUGCUGAUAAAUCAAGUCAAAAGGACAUUGGACACUAAAGCUCUUUUCCAGAAGUUUCCAGAGUUGCGCAAUGAAAUCUUGUUUGACACUCAGAAAAGACAAGUUGUUUUGUGCCUUCGGAAAGCUUUUUACUACAACUUUUCUUCGGAUUUCUUCAAAUAGUUCUUCUGUAAUUCUGUCUCUCGUUCGUUACCUAGCAAUAGCAUACAACUGUCUGUAACAUAGUAUGUUUGUGUCUCACGCUGGAUGUAAGAUCCAGCGUGUAGAUCACUGAGUUCUGUAUUUGGGUAUCGGAUGUAUGCGCCUAGAUCACUGAGUUCUGUGUGUCAGUAGGGACUAGUGGAACACAUCCAGAGAGGAAGCCGUGAACUAAAAAGCUUGUCGGUAGCAUAUUUUCAACUUUCAUAAAAAAAAAUAUUUUUUGGGGGGGGGUACUGUCAGGACUCAGGACAGGAAGUAGGAUGAUAAGGGAGGGAGGUGGAGGUGGUUGUCUGGGACUCCCAGGGAUGUUUCGAGUGUUCUUGUUGGGGACUUGUGCUCUUACGGUCCUGAGCUCUGCAGGCUUGGUGUUCCUUCUGGUGCAACACAUGCACCUGUCAGCCCACCUGGCCCGGUUGGAUCUACAACUCCAGGUGCUCUCAGAGACCUCUGGCGCCGUGCUGCAUCAUUCUGCAGCAGUAUCCCUCCGGGCCAGCAGGGACCCUGGAGAGGAGACUGAUAGGUUGCAGGAGCUCUCCGAGGAAUCUGGGUUGCAGACAUCACCCCACAGGACCAGCAGGGAAGGCCCAGGCGGAGAGGAGGCAGAAAGGGAGCUGCGGCAUGGUCGACCCCGCAGUAAGAGGAGCAAGGCUGGGAAACACCAGACUAAACGACAGCAGAAACGUGAAGACAGGGACAUGAUGAUGGUGAUGACAUACUCUAUGGUCCCGAUCAAGGUCCUGUUGGAACUAUGUAACAGCACAGAAGACAUGUGUUUAACAGGCUUACCAGGACCUCCAGGCACUCCGGGUGUGGAUGGGAAGCCAGGAGUCAAUGCUACAGAAGGCAUACCAGGACCACCUGGAGCUGCAGGGAGACGAGGGAAAAAAGGUCCACCUGGAGAGAGAGGGGAGCCUGGGGUAAAAGGAGACGUGGGACACCCUGGACCUCCAGGACUGAAGGACGAGGCUUCCAAUGACACCAUCAUAGAGGGGCCUCCGGGUCCAAGGGGCCCUCCUGGCCCUGCCGGUCCCCCUGGUCUACCUGGCCCCCCAGCGACCUUAGAGGACCCAGAACCCUCUAGAAAUAGGACCAUGAGAGCCCACCUGUUAGAGAACACCUGUCUCCAUCAAGCCAACAUGUCUGACUCUCUGAGUACAGAGAAUACAGCCCCAAGCAGUGACACCUUGAAUGUAACCAACGCAGAGAAUGUUAAUCGAACCAUCAGAGCACACAUCCAUCAAGCCAACAUGUCUACGGAGUCAGCGAAUCUAGCCGCAAGUAAUGACACGUUGAAUGUAACUGACACAGAGAAUGAGGAAGCAAAUAACCGACAAAUGACAUACAUAAAGAUUGUGGAAGAAGCACCUUUGAACGUAACUGACACCGAGAUUGUGGAAGAAAGACCUUUGAACGUAACUGACACCGAGAUUGUGGAAGAAAGACCUUUGAACGUAACUGACAUCGAGACUGUGGAAGAAGGACCUUUGUACGUAACUGACAGUGAGAUUGUGGAAGAAGGACCUUGGAACGUAACUGACAUCGAGAUUGUGGAAGAAAGACCUUUGAACGUAACUGACAUCGAGACUGUGGAAGAAGGACCUUUGUACGUAACUGACAGUGAGAUUGUGGAAGAAGGACCUUGGAACGUAACUGACAUUGAGAUUGUGGAAGAAAGACCUUUGAACGUAACUGACAUCGAGACUGUGGAAGAAGGACCUUUGUACGUAACUGACAGUGAGAUUGUGGAAGAAGGACCUUGGAACGUAACUGACAUCGAGAUUGUGGAAGAAGGACUUUUGAACGUAACUGACAGCGAGAUUGUGGAAGAAGGACCUUUGUACGUAACUGACAGUGAGAUUGUGGAAGAAGGACCUUGGAACGUAACUGACAUCGAGAUUGUGGAAGAAGGACUUUUGAACGUAACUGACAGCGAGAUUGUGGAAGACGAACCUUUGUACGUAACUGACAUCGAGAUUGUGGAAGGACCUUUGAACGUAACUGACAUUGAGUUUACGGAAGAAGCUCCUUUGAACGUAACUGACACCGAGAUUGUGGAAGAAGGAUCUUUGAACGUAACUGACAUCGAGAUUGUGGAAGAAGGAUCUUUGAACGUAACUGACAGCGAGAUUGUGGAAGAAGGACCUUUGAACGUAACUGACAUUGAGUUUACGGAAGAAGCUCCUUUAAACGUAACUGACACCGAGAUUGUGGAAGAAGGAUCUUUGAACGUAACUGACAUCGAGAUUGUGGAAGAAGGACCUUUGAACGUAACUGACACCGAGAUUGUGGAAGAAGGACCUUUGAACGUAACUCACACUGAGAAUGUAGAAGAAGGACCUUUGAGCGUAACUGACAGCGAGAUUGUGGAAGAAGCAGCAUUUAAGAAAACUGCAGAAAUCUUCUCUGCUCCCACAACUGACACCUUGAAUGUAACCGACACAGAGGAUGCGAAAGAAGCACCUGUUUGGAAAGCUGAAUACAUUAUCAAAAGCAUAACAUGCUUUCCAAACGUCACUAAAAUGGGAACCACAUUUGGAGUUUGGAUGCGAGAUGCAGCCCGGGUGAACGAUAACCACAUUUGGAUGGCUGAACACUUUUUAGGUCGAGUCUUGCAGGAGUACAAGAGCAUUGCAUCAUUUCCUAACGGUAGCACCAAGUCUAUUGACAUGAGGAAGUUGUACCAGGGUUGUGGCCACAUCAUCUACAAUGGGUCUAUGUACUAUCACAAUGCGGGAACCUCGAAAGUUGUCAAGGAUAAUCUGAAGACCAGGAGAUUACAGACAUUGGCCAUUGAGAAUGCUCUUUACCACAAUCGAACCUACCUCUUCUACAACUCCAAGACAUACUUUAAGUUUGCUGUGGACGAGAACGGACUGUGGCUCAUAUAUGCUUCAGUUGUCAACGGAACCAUGAUGGUUGCCAAGCUUAAUCACAAGAGUUUUUCUGUGUUGUCUGUGGUUAGCACGUCCUAUCCUGUACCGAACGCUGGGAAUGCCUUUGUUGCGUGUGGAGUUCUGUAUAUGACUGACACCAAAGACACAAAAGUCACACAUGCCUUUGACUUAAUGAAAGAGAAACCUUUGAAUGUAAGUUUGGAUCUUAGAUCAGCCAAUGGUAUUAUGGCUAUGUUGUCAUAUUAUCCCCCAAAUCAUCUUUUGUAUAUGUGGGACAACAGCUAUGUGAAAAUAUGCAAGGCUUAUUUUACUUCGGAUGAAAAAAAGUCUAGUCAAAUGUUAUGAUCGUAAAUAAAUCUUAUGAUCGUGGGAGACAUUCUGCCUAGGAGAAUACAGCCACAAGUAGUGACACCUUGAAUGUAACCAAUGUAGAGAAGGUUCUAUUAACAAUCAGAGCACACACCCAUCAAGCCAACAUGCCUAUCACUGUCCUGGGAGAGUGUUCUAAUUUUUUAAGAAUUUGAGUGUCAUAAAAUAUUCAUUUUUGUAUAAUAUUUGGCAUCGAUAUUUUUCUCAUUCAUUCUCAUUCAUGUUGUACAAUUACCAAUAAAAACAUGUUUUCUUUUCAUA